AUGGCGACAGAGCAAACGACGCCGCGGAUUGCAAUCUUCAACAUGGAGAUUGUCGGCACUGUCAACCCGGUGCUCCCUGUGAUUGCUGAGCUUGCGAAGCGGGGCUGCGACGUUCGUUACUAUUUGACGAAGGACACUUAUGUCGCGGACGUCAAAGGUGCUGGCGCUUCGCCAGUCAAAUUUGACGAAUACUUCCUCCGCUGGGAUGCACUGAUGGAGGAGGAGAAAGUCUGGUUUCAGGCACAAGGCUGCGGCGAGGGCUUGGCAGCAUUGACGGCGGACGGAAUGGAAAAGGAGUUCCUCGCGUUCCGGUGGUUGCACUUCGCAUUGCCCACAGGCGUUGUCCUGGGCAGGCGUCUAGCCGAUCUGUGGAGCAAAGAGGGAAGCUGGCGCCCAGACUUGGUGCUGUAUAACGUGAUGCUGCUGCAUCCUUAUCUUGCUGCUUGCAAAAUCGGGGUUCCCGGCGUGUCCUUCUCGACGUACCCGGGUCCUGGAACUCCGAUGCACCUCUACGAGAUCCCGGAAGCAGAGCGGCAGGCUGUCGACGACAACUUGGCGAAGCAUCCAGGCAUGCAGGAGGCCAACCAAGUUGCCCUGCGACUGUUCGGUGUGGAUGUGUGUGCAUCACAGCUGCAAUGCCGCUUUUACAGUCGCCAGCUGAACAUCAUGUUUUCUGUGCCGCAGCUCCAGGGUGAGGUGCCGAAGUAUCAGCAGGCCUUGCUGGAUGACUCGACAUUUCUUUGGGUUGGUGCCGUCGACGACAUGAAAGCCUCUGCGAAGCGUGCGUCCGCGCCCAACGAGGACCCAUGCUCACCAGCGACCAAAGCUUCGUGGCAUACUCCUCCUGGUGUCAAGGUGGUCGUCGUCUCUUUGGGCAGCCUGACCGUAGACAUGCGCUGGGACAGCGCCGAGCAUGUGUCCUCGCUGGGGAGGUUUACAGGACGUGAGGUGAGCCAUCGCCUCUGGAGUGAAUUGAUCGAGACCUUCAAAGACC